UGCUAUUCGUAGAGUCUGAUUAUAAAUUUUAAUACGAAUUUUGAUAUUGGAGUAUUAAAUUAGAAAUUCUUCAAAAAAUUCAAAAUUGGCUAUUUAGCUAUUUAAUCGAUGAAUUUCUUUAGCUAAUAGCCUAUUCGUAGCGCCGACAUUAUAUUUUGAGAAUUUCGUACCAAUCCAAGUCGAAUAAAAAAACGGCAGUAUAUCGCACCUGCCUGCUUGUUCAUACCUUUGCGUAUUUUUAUUUAAUAAUCGGGCAAUAUAAAUAUUAUGAGGUAGAAGGAUUUUAUAGCUAGAAUAUCAUAUUCUACUAAAUAUAAAAGUUUGGAGCCCGACGAGUUAAUUAUAGAAAUUAGCUUUUGAAUAAGCAGGUAGCUCCUGAGAAUAAGCAUAAAGCUCAUCUGAUUUGAGUAAAUAAUGGGACAGGUGUACGUUGGAGGAGAUUUGGGUGAAGUUAUAAAAUCCAGAAAGUAUCGGUAGGAGGUACGCAUGGCACCUCCGGGACAGGGGACGUCUCGGGAGAUAGAAAGACGGGCUGAAUGAGUGAACUGCAUCUGAUGUAUUAUAUGUAAAUUCUAACUAGAAAAACCUCCCGUUUUGGGAGUAUGUUUUUGUAAAUAUUUAUAAACUAUUUUUUUUUGGGAUAAUAAAAUGCUUAUAUAAUUAAUUUUAGCCUUAACACUGUGUUGUGGGGCCCGAAGUAGGAGGUGACGACCUCAUGAUGCAGUGUGGCGGUAGCAUUUCCAGUAUGAGCCAACUGGGGGUGUUACAAGUUGGUAUCAGAGCCUAGGUUUGAUAGAUUUUGGCUCUUUGAAUUAAAAAGGUUUUGAAAAUAAUAAUGAUAUUGAAUUGGUUUGGUGAGGUUUGGGUUUUGCGGGUGCAUUCAUGUUAAUGUGAUCUAUCUUUUAUUGUUAUGCUUGGUUUAGCUGUGUGCUGAAUUGAUAUUGAAUCAGGAAAAAUUGGGGGCAGUAUGUCGAAUUCUCGAGGUGGUGGUGUACGUAGGGCUAUUCAAGGCCCAGAGUUUGAUCCUUCGUCUGAUGAGUCACAGUAUCCUGUGCCAGCGCAUGUACCAACAGAGGCACCUAGUCAGGAUUUCUUUCGGCAGUUUAUGGCCGCGAUGAUGCCUCAACAGAGGAGUUUCAUUGAUGCUGUGAUGCGGCAUAACCCACCAACAUAUUCUGGUUCAGUGGAGCCAGGAGUCCUUGAGUUUUGGGUUGAAAAGAUGGAAAAGAUAUUUCGUGUUGUUCAGGUUCCGCCAGAUCAACGAGUUAAUAUUGGAGCCUAUUUCUUGGAAGGCCGAGCAAAUCGGUGGUGGUUAGGUGAAGAAGCUGCAGGUGUAGACCAAGUGGAUAUGACUUGGGAUGAAUUUAAAGCAAAGUUAAAGGCUAGGUUUAUACCGUCGCAUAUUCGAAAAGCGAAGAAGCAAGAAUUGCUGGACUUAAAGCAGGCCUCGAUGUCAGUUGAGGAUUAUUUUGUGAAGUUUAAUGAGUUGGAGAUGUAUGUUCCUGACUACUUUUCCUGUGAGCGAGACAGAAUUGACCAUUUUGUAGACGGGUUGCAACACAGAAUUCAAGAAGCUUUAGCGGUGUUGGAUAUCAGUUCAUUGUAUGAGGCUUACGAGCGUGCUGCCCGAUUUUAUCAGAAGCAGGAAGUCAGACAAAAGGAGAGUGAGAAGGAAAUAGGGUAA